GCCUUAGCGAAGUGGGGGGCAAAGACAGCCAGCAGAUGCAGAUCCCAAGUCUAUAUCGUCACUUCGUUUGCGAUAGGCGUGGACAAGGCUUUGGGAGUGAGAAACAUCUCGUUCGGAGGUCACGAGGACAUUGCCAUCUACUCCCAGUGGGUGUCUUCGCACUAUUGUUGUACAUCCUCGAUCAGCCCUUCCACAGAGGCUUCUUUUGUGAUGAUGACUCCAUCCGCUAUCCGGUGCCCGCAUACCAGACUGUCAGUGGCCUCCUGGUGGGAAUCGUGGGGUUGGGUGUGCCUGUGCUUGUGGUGGUGGUAAUGGAGACAGUGCAAUUGGGUAUCACCCAGCCCAGCAAAUUGGUGCUGUUUGGCUGGACUCCCUAUCUGUGGAUGGUGCAGUGCUAUACCUAUGUUGGGGCAUUCUUGUUCGGCGCGGGGAUGGAGCAUGUGACGGUGGAGGUGGCCAAGCGCCUAGUAGGUAGACUGCGCCCCCACUUCCUGGCUGCGUGUGUGCCACUUGGACUGAAUUGCAACUUCAUUAGCCACAACUACAUCACAGACUACAUCUGCUUGGGCAAUGAUGACCUCAUCAAGGAGGCCAGAAUGUCAUUUCCUUCAGGCCACUCGUCACUGUCUUUCUAUGCAGCCACAUUCACAAUUAUGUACCUACAGAUCCGUAUGGCGUGGCAGAGCUCAAAGCACCUCAAGCACUUGCUGCAGUUCCUGGCAAUGAUGGCUGCUUGGGCCACAGCCCUCACCAGGGUGUCAGACUACAUGCACCACUGGAGUGAUGUUCUGGCUGGCAUUGCCAUUGGAACCUUCUUUGGCAUCCUCACAGACAAAGAUGAGCAGACCCAACUGGAGAUGAAGCACCGGAAAGAAGAGGACGACCUGUACCGGAAGUUCGCGAGACAGAGAGAGGAAGAGGACAAGCGGAUGCGCGAGGAAUUCCGGGACGAGUGGGAGAAGGAGCUGGAGCGCCUGACGUCUCGCUUCCAGCGCGAACUGCAGAACAAGAAAAAGCGACCGGACGAGCAGAAGGUGCUCACUCUGCGGCACCAGCAGGAGCGGGAGGACCUGGAGAAGAACAUGACGAUCCGGCGGGACAAGAAGAAGGAGUCCCUCACUCGCAAGCUUCUCGAGCACGAACGAGCGGCUACAGCGGCACUUGUGGAGAAACAGAGUCGCGAGAUGUUGGAGCUGAUUAAUGAAAAGCGUAGCGAGUACAUGAUGGCUGAGUCACUGUACCUGGAUGAGGGAGAUGGCUACACAGAAGAUGUUCUGCUGCCUUACCCCAGCCAGGCGCCCAUCCCAGCACCUCCAGCUCUGUCCAAGUUUGAGGUGUACAAUGAUCCUGUUGAGUUUGCAGACAUUGACCAAAUAGCCAUUUCGGUGGCACAAGAAGAUCAGAAAACCUUCACAGACUUGGUGCGGCAACUGGUAGGACGUUGUGGUUCAGACAUUGAAAAGGCCAGGACCAUCUUCAGAUGGAUCACUGUCAAGAACCUCAACACAAUGCAGUUUGAUGAGAACUUGCGUGGGGACACACCAAUGGGACUCCUGCGAGGCAUCAAACAUGGGACUGAGAGCUACCAUGUCCUGUUCAAGCGGCUGUGCAGUUAUGCUGGUCUGCACUGUGUGGUGAUCAAGGGUUAUUCCAAGUCAGCGGGCUACCAACCUGGAGUACGUUUUGAGGAUAAUCGCUUUCGCAACUCCUGGAAUGCAGUGUAUGUAGCUGGUGCUUGGCGAUUUGUGCAGUGCAACUGGGGAGCAAGGCACCUCGUCAAUGCUAAGGAGGUUCCUAAGGCAGGCAGCAAAGGGAAGUCUGAUAGUCUCAGGUAUGAAUAUGAUGAUCACUACUUCCUGACUGACCCACGGGAGUUCAUCUAUGAGUUCUUCCCCUUACAGUCAGAGUGGCAGCUUUUGAAAAAUCCCAUCACAUUACAAGACUUUGAGGAGCUGCCAUUUGUGAGGUCCCUCUUCUUCCGAUAUGGACUAUACUUCCCUGAUUCCAACACAAAGGCUGUCAUGUUCACAGAUUCUACUGGUGCAGCCACUGUGCGGAUAGCCAUGCCAGCCCACAUGCAGUCCAGUCUCAUCUUCCAUUACAAUCUGAAGUUCUAUGAUAGUGAUGGUGAUGGAUUUGAUGGAGUCAGCCUUAAGCGCUUUGUCAUGCAGUCUGUGGUAGGUAAUACUGUUGCAUUUCGAGUGCAUGCACCAUGCAGUGGGGCCUUCCUGCUGGAUAUCUUUGCUAAUGCUGUGACCCCCAAGGAAUAUUUGACAGGAGAGCCCAUGAAAUUUAAGAGUGUCUGCAAGUUUAAGAUUGCAUGUGAAGAGUUGCAGACAGUAAUGGUGCCUCUGCCAGACUGUGCCAGUGGUGAGUGGGGACCCACAAAGGCAACGAGACUGUUUGGACUGGUGCCCAUUACCCAUCAGGAUGCCCUAGUGUUUGCGGGUCGCGAGCUUGAGCUUCAGUUCCGCAUGUCUCGACCUCUGACCGACUUCAUGGCUACACUGCACAAGAAUGGUGUUGAGGAAAAGAGGCUUUCGAAGUUUGUGUCACAUUCUGUGUCAGAUGACGAUGUAGUUACAUUUGUCAUCAGUUUUCCUGAGGAAGGACAAUAUGGUUUGGAUAUCUACACACGGGAGCUGGGCGGCAGUCAGAGCGAUGGCAGUAGCGAGAAACAUCUGCUCACUCAUUGCUGCAAGUACCUCAUUAAUUCUUCCAAAAGGAACUGAUGCAACUGAGUAUACAAAGCACAGAAGCACUCCAUAAUGUGGCAGGGUUACCUUUUUGUUUAUUUCACAAGAUAGCCACCUGAACUGGCAAGAAACAAAGGCACUUGAUAAAGGGAACAGAAGAUAUAGGAUUGUGCCAGUAAUUACUGAAGGGGAGGCAGAAGGUAGGGACAGGUACCAUAGACAUAAAGGUAGCAGCAAGGUGCUUUAGUACUGGCUGCAUGUAAAGUAACUUUCAUUUGUUAAUCUUGCAUUUGCCUUCUGAUGUUUCAUCUUGAUGUCUGCCAGACUUUGGAUCAGUAUGACAGUGACUUACAUUCAGGUACACUUUAUCAGUAUUGUUGUAGUUCUUUAAUACAUGCUGUGCUGCGUGGACAUGGUCACAGGGAUGGGGAUUGGAGAGGAAGCAGUCAUAGUCCAAGCCUGAACAGACUGAGGUCACCCUGAAUAUAAGGUCAACAAUUGUUCUCACCCUGUUCUCUUUGCUGUGAGAUAUCUUGCCAUUUUAUUCUGGAUGAACUUUAGUCUAGAAGUUUAUAAAUGUUUCCUGUGACAAUGUGAUUUUACAGAUCAUCUCACUUCAGGGUAAACAUAACCAUGACUUAGGAGACAUAAUUGUCAUGUUAAAAUGUAAAUUAAUUAUUUACAGAAAAACCUAGUAUAAUAGAAAUGUUUAAGUUAAGAUGUAAUGUUAUCCUAACAUAUGCUAACAGAAAGAUAGGAAACACACUCAUUUCUAACGCUUUUAUAAUAGUGAGCAGCUGUACAAAAGAACAAUCCAUCCCUUAAAAAUUCUGCUCAUUUCCAGUGAUAUUUAUAGAAAUUUUGUAUGGAUAUAAUUCAUCAUUCAUUUGGGAUGAUACAAGACAAACGUACUUCAGUGUGUAAAUAAAGUUGAAUCCCAAGUGCCCCAUCUUUUUUAUAGACAUUCUGUUCUCUUAACUGGGAGGAAUAGGAAGUCCCCCAGAUCUAGCAGUGGAGACCUGUGUCAGUAAAAGUACCUUCUAACUCUUGCACAAAAGCAGUAUGCCUAUUUCCUGACAUUGUAGUUUUAGGCGCUUUUUAUGCAUGUAUGUAAAAUGAAUAAUGACAUCAGGUGAUUACAUUUCCUGUCCAUUCAUCCACAUGUUCUUUUUCCAAAAUCAUAUGAUGUGUUUGGUACUGAAGGUCUGUACUAAAAGAUGUCAGAAUUCAUCUAGGUUCAUUAGAACUCAUACUUUAUGUAAAGACAUGAAUGAACAUUUUAUAGCAUUUCAUUAAGUACACAUUAAAAUGUAAAAGUAACAUUUCUUAACAAGAUAUGUAUUUCUCAUGACAUAACAAUUUUUGUAUGAAGAGAUUUAUUUUUACUGAUGUAGGGAAUAUACUGUAAAUGUGAUAGAACA